AUAAACAAUUUAAUUACAUUAUUUUCUAUAAAAAAAAUGAAAAAUGAAAAAAAGGGGGUAACAAGGAGCAUCAAUGCAUUGCUGGAUGAGCCAACGUUAGUCCAAACACUUCGACUCCAAAUCUGACACGACACAAACCACAAAUCCAACAGUGCUAGCUGAUAUAACCAACCACUAAUACUGACUCCAAUCCUGUCUAGAUUCAAUCAAAACCAAACCCCACCCUUGCUUGGUUGCAUUGUAUAUAAAACCUUAUCUCCACCUUUCAUUUCUUACAGAAAGGAAAAGGAAAAUUAUAGUCUGAGCAGUGAAGAGCAAUGGGGGAAGUUGAUCCUGCUUUCAUCCAAGAUGCAGAACACAGGCCUAAACUCUCACCCAUUGAAGCUGAGGGAAUACCCUUGAUUGAUCUCUCACCACUGACAAAUUCACCAGAUGCUAUUGAGGGGCUGGUUUCUGAGAUAGGUGAAGCAUGCAAGAACUGGGGGUUCUUCCAGGUUAUCAACCAUGGCGUGCCCUUGGAGCAGCGCAAGAAGAUUGAGGAUGCAUCAAGAAGGUUUUUUGCUCAGCGAUCAGAGGAGAAAAGGAAGGUGAGGAGAGAUGCGGUGAAGGUGAUAGGUUAUUAUGACACGGAGCAUACCAAGAAUGUUAGGGACUGGAAGGAAGUCUUUGAUUUCAGCGUAGAGGAUCCUACGCUGAUUCCAGCUUCAACAGAUCCUGAUGACAAUGAAGUAUCAAAAUGGUACAAUCAAUGGCCUGAAUACCCUUCUGACCUCAGAGAGAUUUGCGAAGAAUAUGCAAAGGAGACACAGAAACUAGCUUACAAAUUGUUGGAACUUAUUGCCUUGAGUCUAGGCUUGCCAGCAGACAGGUUCUACGGCUUCUUCAAAGACCACCAAACCAGCUUCAUUAGACUCAAUCACUACCCACCCUGCCCUGUUCCUCACCUUGCUCUUGGUGUUGGCCGACACAAAGAUACCAUAGCCCUGACUAUUCUUGCUCAGGACGAUGUUGGAGGGCUCGAAGUGAAGAGGAAAUCUGAUGGAGAGUGGAUCCGAGUCAAGCCUACACCCAACGCUUAUAUCAUCAAUGUUGGUGACAUUAUUCAGGUAUGGACCAAUGACAGAUAUGAGAGUGUGGAGCAUAGGGUGAUUGUGAACCCGGAGAAGGAAAGGUUUAGCAUUCCGUGCUUCUUCAGCCCGGCUCAUUACACAAUGGUGAAGCCGUUGGAGGAACUGACCAGCGAGAAGAAUCCUGCAAGAUACAGGGCAUACAAUUGGGGAAAGUUUCUUGUUACCAGAAAGGGCAGUAAUUUCAGGAAGCUCAAUGUGGAAAACAUCCAAAUCUAUCACUUCAAGAUACCAGAUUCAGAACUGGCAGACCGCUUUGAAGAAACAUUAUCCAUCAACAAGUAAUGAAAUUGGGAUGCUCAGUCUCUUUAGUUUGGUCCAAUUUAUGUUUCCAAAAGUAGUCUAAAUUAGUUCACAUAUACUGUAAAUAUUGUGGUUUAUGUGAGGAGUGACUUUGAAGGAAAAAUGAAAGGGUGCGGUGUCUUGCAGUUUCCACUGCAAAAUAAAUAAUAUUGGAUACA